UGUGCUUCAGCAGCGCCAGCGGCGCAGCCUGUCACCGACCGACGGCUCCACUCCACGGCUCUCGACUUCUGCAGCGGCGCACACGUUUUCCGCAGCGCCGGCGACGGGGUGGGGGUGAGGCUGUGGUGAGGAGUGUGCCAGCCCUCCGCCGAAAUUUCCCCCGGCCACCGCGCCAUGGUCGGUCCCGCGCGGGCGCGGUGCGGGCCGUCUCUUAGCGACGGCAGCGCUGUAGCGUGCGGGGUUGCCGGGAUGGCUUAGUGCUGUGCCGCGCAUGGUCGCGGCCGUUAUGCUGCCGCCGUGCACCCGCGAUAUGGAGGUGCCCCCAGACCCUGGGAUCCCGCCAAGACUCGGCCGCGAGCGCACCGUGAGGGCGGGUGAGGGGAGUGCUGCUGCCGCCGCCGCCGCCGCCGUGGAGCUGCCGUGGGGGCUGCGGCCGGUGCUGUGUCGAAAAGCCCUACGCGAGCGGCGCCGCGGGAGCGACUGCUUCCCUACUGACUGCCGCGAUGCCGGUGAGCUGUACCGCAGCCUGGCCCCUCAGCUGGAUGGCCCCGUGUCCCGCGGGAGGCGGGAGGAAGAGCCUGGAGCUGAGCCUUUGCCACCCACCGGCAGUCAGCAGCCGGUUGAUGAGGGCACGGCGCCGCUGCCCUCCUCUCAGCCCGGCGGCACCGGCCUCAAGUUCGGGCUGCUGGCGCCGGAACUGCACGCUCGCCUGCUGGAUCAGGAGGACUACAGGAACCGUACACAAGCGGUGGAGGAGCUGAAGAGGGUGGUUGAAGAUGCCAGCCAGGUCGUGGUGACCUCCGUGCCUGCCCCCAGCAUCCUGGGGUUCAUCGGCCUUCUCUGCACUCUCCUCAGUGACUUCAACUUCAAGGUGGUGCUGGGAGCAUUGGAGGUGAUCUGUCUGCUGGCUCUGCGCCUGGACAACCGGGUCAAGGACUUCCUGACGCCUCUGUUCUCUGCUGUUACUAAAGUCCUGGGGGACAGCAAGCUGGCCGUUCGGCAGGGUUACAGGCGCCUACUCCGGUGGCUCAUGAAGGCAGUGGGUCCUCAGCAGGUGCUGGACUUGCUGCUGCAGCAGGAGUACCGGCAGCACAAGAACUCCAAAGUCCGUGAGGAGGUGAUCAACAUGUGCAUUGUGGCCCUCCUCACUUAUCCAAGUGAAGAGCUGGAUCUGGGCAAGCUGGCGUUUGAGCUGGCUCCAGCACUGGUGGACAACAAGCACAGGGUCCGGCAUGCUGCCAUGGAAGCUUUUGCUGUGCUGGCGUCUGCCAUGGGCCCAGGCAAAACCACCCUUCUCUUCAAGGCGGUGGAUGCUGUGGAACUGAAAGACAAUGGGGAUGGUUUGAUGCAUGCAGUGCAAGCUAGGCUGGCCAGGAAGAUUUUGCCAAAGCUUACUGACCAAGGGUUUGUAGAGUAUGCUGUGCCCUUGCCAUCAUCUUGUCAUAACAGGGAGUCCUGUUUACCCCCAGGAGCAGAUACAGACUGGCUCUUGAUGUGUGACAGGACUCGGAGCGCACACAGCUACUGCGGGUAUGAGGUGAGGGUUGAUGCUCUGCAAAAUUCCAGUUCUCACAGUGCGGGUGCCAAUCAAGUAGCACGUUCAAGAAAAGUCUUGAGUACAUAUAAAAUUAAAAACAAACUGCCUUGGGAAAACAAGCAUGCUGAAGACAAGGAAGUUGGUUCAGGAGUCAAGAUGCCUGUAGCAAAGGGUGUGGAGCAGUUCCCUACAUCCAGUGAUUUACUUCAUUUUCCAGAGUUAAGGCCCUCUCAAGGAGUACCAGUCAGUGAUGAGUUACAUUUUAGUAGAAAAAGAACUUCAGGGAAUUUCAUUCAGAAUAGCAUAGAUUUUAAGUCGGAGCAUUCUUCUGUCUGUGCUGGUCCUGUGGGCUCUCAUCAGCCGCAAAUAUCAGGGAAAUGUGGAAAACUUGGAUACACACAGACACGUGGAAAGAGUGGUAGUGUAGAAUCUGAUCUACAAUUUUUAGGAUUAAGUAACUGUCAGCAAGACAAAGGUUGUACCAGCCUAAAUUUUUCCAGCAAGACCCAGAGAAGUUUUUGCAAUCAAGCAGAGAAUACAGUGCCCUUCCAAGGUCCUAAUGCAAGCCAGGGCACCUUCACUCUGCCAACUUGCCCUCUGUCAUCACCCAGGAACAGCCCAAAACACAUCUCCUCCCCAGCCGACUCUCCAAGGAAGUCACAAGGGGAGAAUUUGCAGGAGAAACGUGCUCCUCUGCAGCUGAAACCCACCCUGGUGAGGCAGCCAGCCCCCUGCAAGCCCCUGAAUGGGACAAAACCCAUCCCUCCCAUUCCCUGCCUGCUGCCAGAUAAGGUUGAAUUAAAUCUGACAAAGUGGAGAAAGGAAGAGUGCAAGGACAUGAGGCUGAAUAAAGCAGAUGGGAAGCUUGCAGCAGCUGAUCUUUCAGAGUUAACUGUGGAUGGUGAGGAAGUGGACCAGGAAGAGAUGAAGAAUUCAUUAAGAUUGCUACGAAACAGUGCAGCUAAGAAAAGGGCAGAGCUAAGCAGCAACAUUUCAUGUCUUGAAAGUCCUGAUUCUGCUCUUAAACUUGAUCUGUCUGUGGGUUCCCCCUCCCAUGCGUCCUGCCCGAGCGUGGAUGCCCACAGCGAAAGCGGUGUUUGCAGCCAGGAGUCUCUAACUUCACCUAUGUCCACAGUCCCCCACAGAAGGAGAAUGUCAGACAAUUUUCUACUACUUGACAGAAAACCACAGACUGCAAGAACAUUUUCUGCAAGAAAGAGAGACCCUAGUGUGGCAGCACAUAACACCAGCACAGGUCUUACGGAGCCAGCAUCUAGUUUUCCACAGAUACACAAUCUAGAUUUCAUCUCACAAAGUGUCCCGUCUGAAGAUGCAGUUGCAAUUGUUGGUAAAGGUGUUUCUGAAAAUCCUCCUGCACCAGCGUACAGACAGUCUCUAGCAUGUAUAGCUAAUGGAGAUGAUCAGGCUUUGAAUGAGACAAGUGAGCAGUCAUCAGGUACCUGUAGGAGAAGCAUCCAGCAGAACAGAGCUUCUCAUUUCUACAUUGAAAAUGAAGAAGAAGAAAAUAGAGUUAUGUUGUCAAAAUGUGCCCAGGAUAAGAUGAAGCGGAAUGGAAGAAAAGAAAAGGAAUACAAUCAUAAAGAAUAUCAGGUUGUCAAAGACCUUGGAGGAAAGGAUCAAAAACCUGGGGAAAACCUUGAACCAAAUGAACCAGAGAUAAUGACAGCAGAAAAUGAAAUUUCUGUUAGGGCACAAGAAUACUGUAAAGAAAGGAGGCCAUCAGUCACAGGAUUAAUGAACACAUCGGAACUGUUGCCCUUCUCAAAGCCGGAAACGGCACUGACAGAAGCCUUGACACUUCUAGCUGCAGAUGACUGGGAGAAGAAAAUGGAAGGUCUGAACUUCGUUAGAUGUUUGUCUGCCUACCAUGCAACUAUUCUGACUGCAGAGCUACAUGAAACAAGCAUUGCUGUGGCUCAAGAGGUCAAGAAUUUACGCUCAGGUGUUUCUCGAGCUGCUGUGAUCUGUUUAGGGGAUUUGUUCACCUACCUGAAAAAGAGCAUGGAUCAAGAACUAGAUUAUACAGUCAAAAUCCUUUUGCACAAAGCUGGUGAAUCCAACACAUUUAUAAGGGAAGAGGUAGACAAAGCACUGAAGGCUAUGGUUAAUAAUGUGACUCCAGCACGUGCACUUUGUUCUCUUAUAGAUGGAGGGCAAAGCCACCUGAAUUCAGCUGUGAGAAGCUGCACAGCUCGGCACCUCUCAGACACUGUAGAACAUAUGGGCCUGGACCGGAUUCUGUCUAAAAUCAAAGUUGUCGCUGAUAGGCUUUUCCCUGCAAUAGUCAAGUUUACACAGGAUAGUUCACAACAAACAAGGUAUUAUGGUCAAAAGAUGCUCUUCAGUAUGAUGACUCAUCCUGAUUUUGACAAAACAAUUGAGAAGUAUGUGUUGACCAAGGAUUUGCCUUAUAUUAGGAAAUGUGUUACCCAACUACGUGAAAAGGGUUUGGGUGGGCUGCCAUUAGAUACACCCUCAGCAAAAGGAGGACAUUCCCAUACUCGUAGCGUUGGACAUUUGAGAGAUACUAUCAACAUCACUGACAGAGAGACUACAGAAGCCUAUGAAGUCAAAAGAAAAACAGCUCCCCGUAAUUUACUAGAAAAUGAAGAAUAUGUUAAAGACAUUACAGGUUUAUUGACCGCAAAGGACUUCCGUGAUCGAAUACGUGGCAUUAAGCAGUUGUUACUUGAUGCAGAGCAUAACCAAGGCUUUGUUGUUGCAAACAUCGUGAAGAUUUUUGAUGCUUUCAACUGUCGCUUAAAUGACUUAAAUGGCAAAGUAAAUCGGAUUGCUUUGGAGACGAUGCACCAGAUAAUUCCGUUGCUGAAAGACAAUUUAUCACCUGUGAUCAACAUGUUAAUUCCCGCCGUGGUUGACAACAACCUGAAUUCCAGAAACCCAGGGAUUUAUGCAGCUGCCAAAAAUGUUAUUCAGGCUCUGUGUCAACACCUAGACAACUACUUGCUCCUUCAGCCAUUUUGCACAAAAGCCCAGUUUCUAAAUGGAAAAGCCAAACAAGACAUAACAGAAAAGCUUGCUGAUAUUGUGAGGGAGUUAUACCCACGGAAGCCUAAGAGUGUGGAGCAGAAAGUUCUAGUUGUCCUUUGGCACCUUCUGGGAAACAUGACGAACAGUGGCUCUUUGCCUGGGACUGGAGGGAACAUUCGGGCAGCCACAGCAAAACUGUCAAAAGCACUUUUUGCACAGAUGGGACCACGUCUCUUAACUUGUGCUGCAGCUCAGUCACCACACAUUAAGAAGACUUUAGAAGAACUUUUGGAGGCAGAAAGCUAAAGUAAUGAUUCCUGUGCGUGCAUGAAGCUCCAUCAGCUGCUAGGACAGAUGGACUGCUGUUUAUAUGGAAACACUCCACACCAUCUCCUGUUCUUUUAUUGUGCUGGUGUCUCUAGUGGAGAAAGGUCGUCACUGGAAGAGCAUGGAAGGUGCUGGGAUAGGGAAGUCACCCCUGCUCUCCUGCAUGUUUCUCUAGAGGCCACAGCACAGCACCCUAGGUCUAGUAAUAGAUGGUUAAUGAAUAAAUACAUCUGACAUGUUUUGACUUGGUUUUAGCACCGAGCUUUACAUUGGUAAGUGGAAGAAAAUCCUGGAGACAGUUAAAUAGCACAGCAGGGUUUGGUGUGGCAGUUAUGAAGAACGUGUAUUUUUAUAACUCCCCUCUGCAGUUGUGCGGUAUUCACGUUCUGUGCCUGCUGGUACGGUACUGUAACGUUGCUUGCUGGCUGUGCAUGCUCAUCGGUACGGAACACACGGCUCCACCAGCUCGCAAGGAAGCACGGGCUCGCUGUGAGGAAAAAGAGCCUUUUCCCUUUCCUUUCCCCCGGAAGCACUGGUAAAGCGGAGGCCUCGGUAUCCGCCCCGUCCCCCACCUCCGUUACUGUCGCGUUUUACACGGGAAC